AUAUGCAUGUGAAGUAGAUUGCACAACUGAUGGAGGUCGAUUCGGAUAGUUUGAAGUCUCUUGUUGCAUGCUGGGUUCGAGAUUGGGAUUCGAAAAUUGGAGACGACAGAGAGCAACCUCAGGGAAUUACUCUCCGACCCGGCCGUCUUGGAAUCGGCGCCAAACCAGUUGCAGACAGAUCAGACGCCUCUCUACACACGACAAUUGCUCGCAACUUGAGACAACAAUAUCGUAUCAAGAAGGCCCGAUUCGAUACAGAUCAUACGAUCGACGACAAAGCUGUCGAAGAAGGAGAAGAGGACAGUCGGUACACAGCUGUGGCCAAGUUGAGAGGUGGCUCUCGUACAACGUCAGUCCAUACGACGACAGAUGACGAACACAACAGAAAACGACGGAGAAAAAGAAAAAGGAAGACUGCACAUUCCGAAGACAAUAUUGGAAGGAAGAAAGAUGGCAGGGAUGAGAAUGUCGACUCUCGUGGUCGAGGCAAAGAUGCCGAGGAGAAAAAAACAUACUUGGAUAGGAUCGUCGAGGAGCAACAAGUGUGUGGAAAUGUUGCUACUGUUUCUGGAAACAAUGCAAAGAGUGUGUGUGGUGAUUGCAAGCUGUCUAGUAGUUGGAGACAGGGACGUUGGUGUUUGCUUUUGUCUGCCCGACAUCCAUUGAGAUGGAAGUGUGUACAGUGCAGGAAGAUUAAGAUGGGUUGUUUAUCACACAGGUGGUUUCCAGCCUACUUGUAUUAGUUAAUGGGGCGAAACUGCAGAUGCAAAUAUUAUGUAGGGUUUUACCUCUAAGUAAGUUUUGACUGUUGUCUAGGUAAGUAACGUUUUACACACUAGUAUAGAUUUCUUGUUUUGGAUACUGUUUGUUGUGUUAUCAAACUUUUGUUUUGUAAAUUAGAAAUUUUAAUUAAUUAAAGAGAAGUGGCUAGGAGAU